AUGGCUGUGCGAUUCCCCGACAUGAGAAAUACCGUCGAAGGCCUCAAUGGCGCUGGCGGCGCGGCCUAUGUCAACGGCAACGGCAACGGCAUGACCAACGGCAACGGCGCCUUGUCGCAAUCGACAGAAGAUGAACCGCAAGGCUCGAGCCCCAUGGCCCCCGCCUUUCAUGGUCUCUGCGCCGGGCAAGGUCAUCGUCUGCGCCCCGAGAAGAAAAAGUUCUACUACAGCCUCGUCACCGACCUCGACCACGAGCUCGUCGAGGCCAUGCAGCCACACCUCGUCGGCAUCUCGCCCGACAAGCCCGAAGAGCUGCGCAAGGUGCACCAGAAUGCCGCCUCGGGCUUCCUCUACCUCUUCCUGUCCCUCGGCCACCAGUCGUUCCCCGGCUGUCUCUACACGCUCCGCUCGACCAUCCCGAUCGGCGCCGGCCUCGGCAGCAGCGCCUCCAUCGCCGUGUGCGUGGCGACGGCGCUGCUGCUGCAGCUGCGCACGCUGUCGGGCCCCCACCCCGACCAACCGCCGGACGAGGCGCGGUUGCAGAUUGAACGCAUCAACCGCUGGGCUUUUGUCUACGAAAUGUGCAUCCACGGCAACCCGUCCGGCGUCGACAACACCGUGUCGACGCAGGGCAAGGCCGUCGUGUACCAGCGUCCCGACUACACGAAGCCGCCCCUCGUGCGGCCGCUGUGGGACUUUCCCGAGCUGCCGCUGCUCCUCAUCGACACGAAGCAGUCCAAGUCGACGGCGCGCGAGGUGGCCAAGGUGGCCAAGCUGAAGGACACGCACACGAAGCUCGUCGGCAGCAUCCUCGACGCCAUAGACAAGGUGACGCAGUCUGUGACGAGCCUGAUCGACGACGAAGACUUUGACAGCGAGGAGGAGGAGAGCCUGCGCAAGGUGGGCGAGCUCAUGACGAUCAACCACGGCCUGCUGAACGCGCUCGGCGUGUCGCACCCGCGGCUCGAGCGCAUCAGGGAGCUCGUCGACCACGCCGACAUUGGGUGGACAAAACUCACGGGCGCCGGCGGCGGCGGGUGCUCGAUCACGCUGCUGCGGCCGGGGGCGCCGGCCGACAAGCUCGAGAGGCUCCACAGCCAGCUCGACGAGGAAGGCUACGUCAAGUUCGAGACGACGCUCGGCGGCGACGGCGUCGGCGUGCUGUGGCCGGCGGUGCUCAAGAACGGCAUGGACGAGGACCACGAGGGCGGCAUGGAGAUUGACCUCGAGAAGUUCCUCAACGCCGAGGGCAACGUGGGCGUCGAGCGGCUCGUGGGCGUGCACGGCGGCGUGGGGGAGAGGGAGGGCUGGAAGUUCUGGCGCGUCGAGAGCCUGUAA